AUGCUUCUAGUGUCGAUGAGAAUGAUGGAGAAGCAGACCAUGCCAGUGUUCGCUCAUAUGCGUCCGUUGAUUCUGAUCUCGACUCGCUCAUGGAUGGAUCUCGCUAAUGGGAACUUCCGCCGGUUUUCUCUUGUUGAUGGCGAAUUCGAUGUCCCCGAUCUCGACGGCGGGGUGGCCGGUGUUGUAUCCACUUACGAGACGGUGGAUGACACCGACCAUGCAGAGAUGGUACACAUUGUCUACGACGAUGAUCUCAUCAGUCUCGACCAGCUCUUCGACGCCUUCUUUUUGGUACACGACCCGACUCAACUCGACCGGCAAGGUGAAGAUCAAGGACGUCAGUACCGCAGCGCCAUAUUCGUGCACAACGCCAAAGACCUGCAGACGGCCCAGGAUGCAAUAGGCCGUGCCAAGAAGCUCUGGGAAGUAGAGGGAGCUCACAUACCAAGAACGGUAGUCACCACUGUACAACUUGUACCGGUGUCAGACUUUUAUAGGGCUGAAGACUACCACCAAAACUUCGCUGUCAAGAACCCAAAGAAUGAGUACUGCAAACGCGUCGUAAACGAAAAGAUUAGGGACGCCCGCAAGCUUCUCAGAGACCUCAUGAAGGGCAAUAAGACGGGCGGAACAGGUACACUAGAAGACAUGGCCAAGGGACGAGUGUUUAGUUGA